AGACAAGAAUCAAAGCCUCUCGUUCUUCAUUUUGUGUACACAUCUACGUACAAAGGGGAACAAAAAUGUCUCUAGUGAUCUCAACAAAUGGUCCUCUUUCUGCUAAAGAAAAAAGCCAAAUGGUUGAGCGCCGGCCGGUAGAUUAUCAUCCGAGCUUGUGGGAGGAUUACCUCGCCAAAUAUGCUGCUCCCUCCAACUCAAUGGAUAAUGGCCAUGAUCAGCAGGCGGAACAAGAAAUCCAGAAGCUGAAGGACGAGGUGAAGAGGAUGCUAUGCACUAACGCGGACAAGCCGUCCCUGAAACUGGACAUGAUUGAUCAAAUUCAACGCUUAGGCAUUGCGUACCACUUCACAAGUGAGAUUGAUCAUGUGUUGAAACAGCUUAACGAGGCCUGCUUUGUUUGUAAUAAUGGAGAUCAUGAUAUUGACGACCUCUACACUGUCGCUCUCCUCUUCCGUUUAUUGCGACAACAAGGUUACUGGAUUUCAUGUGACAUCUUCAACAAGUUCAAGGACACCAGUGGGAAGUUCAGUGAAAAAUACAAAAGUGACGUGCGUGGAUUACUAAGUUUGUAUGAAGCUAGCCAUCUGAGUGUGCAUGGAGAAGAUGUUCUCGAUCAAGCGCUUUCUUUCAGUUUAACCCAUCUUGAGUCCAUUGAUGAGGAGCAACUAAGCCCUCCUCUCACAAUGCAAGUCCGUCAUGCCUUAAAGCAAACAAUUCGUCGAGGGGUGCCGAGGCUCGAGGCGAGACUAUACAUCUCCAUGUAUGAAGCGGAACCUUUGCAUAAUAAAAUCUUACUAUCACUGGCCAAGUUAGAUUUCAACCACUUGCAAGAGCAACACCGGAAGGAGUUAUGUGAUCUUGCAAGGUGGUGGAUGGGUCUGGACUUCAAGAGGAAGUUACCAUUUGCAAGAGAUAGGCUCGUGGAAGGAUACUUUUGGAUUUUAGGAGUUCAUUUUGAGCCCGAAUUAGUGCUUGUUCGAAGAAUGUUGACCAAAGUGAUCGCAAUGACUUCAGUUCUUGAUGACAUAUAUGAUGUCUAUGGAACCUAUGAAGAGCUAGAGCUCUUUACUCAAGCUGUUCAAAGGUGGGACAUUGAUUGCAUAAAUGAUCUUCCAGAGUACAUGCAAGUGUUCUACAAAGCACUUAUCGAUGUCUACGUUGAAAUUGGAGAAAUACUGGCUUGCAAAGGAAGAUUGUAUGGCCUCCACUAUGCGAAAGAAGCAAUGAAAAGGCAAGCAAGAUACUACUUUGCUGAAGCAAAUUGGCUGCACCAACAACACAAGCCCACGAUGGAUGAGUACAUGUCCAUUGCAGUAGUAUCGAGUGGUUACCCCUUGUUAGCGAUCACGUCCUUUGUUGGAAUGCAAGAUAUGGUAACAAAAGACGAUUUAGAUUGGUUGUUCAACGACCCAAAGAUACUGAAGGCUUCAACAGUUAUUUGCAGGCUCAUGGAUGAUUUGGCCACUCAUAAGUUUGAGCAAGGAAGAGAACAUGCGGACUCGGCCGUGCAAUGUUACAUGAAACAUUACGGUGUCACGGAACGAGAAGCGGAAAACGACCUUGCCAAGCAAGUUAAUGAUGCGUGGAAGGACAUGAAUGAGGAGUGUCUUCACCCGACUACCGUCGCGAUGCCUCUUCUCAUGGGAAUUCUCAACCUCACACGAGUGAUGGAUGUGCUGUACAAGGACGGAGGAGAUCAUUAUACCAAUCCUCAUAUUACGCUAAAAGAUUACAUACGUUUGGUGCUCAUGGACCCAGUGCAAUAGUUUUGAUAUACAGCAAUGAACUAGAUGUUCAUUAGCUGGACAUUGGAAACUAGACCGAUUAUUCUAUCGAUGAUGUGUUAGAUGUAUGCCCUAAAGUCACCAUGUAAUAGUUACAUGUUAGGGAUUUAAGUUAUAUUUUCAAUUUCAUUAUUUAUUUAAUGGCAAGGAUGUAUUCAUUCA